AUGAAGGCUGAAAUCGAACAAGAGCUCUCGCACGUGUUGCUCACAGAGCUUCUCGCCUACCAGUUUGCCUCCCCUGUUAGGUGGAUCGAAACUCAAGAUGUCUUCUUAAAAGACCAUAAUACCGAGAGAGUCGUUGAGAUCGGUCCCUCGCCAACUUUGGCCGGAAUGGCCCUGAGAACAAUUAAAGCCAAAUACGAGUCGUACGAUGCUGCUCUUUCUUUGCAGCGUCAAGUCUUGUGCUACGCCAAAGACCCCAAGGAAAUCUACUAUACCCCUGACCCCCCAGCUCCAGAGGAGCCUAAGGAAGCGCCUAAGGAAGAGGUGAAGGAAGCUGCCUCAGCUGCUCCAGCCGCCCCCGCUGCUCCAGUUGCUGCGGCCCCAGCCGCCCCAGCUGGUCCCGUUGAGUCCAUUCCCGAUGAACCAGUCAAGGCGUCAAUUCUUCUUCAUGUGUUGGUGGCCCAGAAGCUCAAGAAGCCGCUUGACGCUGUGCCCAUGAGCAAACCAAUCAAGGACCUUGUCAAUGGUAAAUCCACUGUGCAAAACGAAAUUCUUGGUGAUUUGGGCAAAGAAUUUGGCUCUACUCCCGACAAGCCUGAAGACACACCUUUGGAGGAAUUAGCUGAGCAGUUCCAGGACUCCUUCAGCGGCUCCUUAGGUAAGACGUCCACAUCCCUCAUUGGCCGUUUAAUGAGCUCCAAGAUGCCUGGUGGCUUUUCCAUCACCAACGCCAGAAAGUACUUGGAGUCUCGUUACGGUUUGGGCGCUGGCAGGCAGGACUCGGUGCUUUUGUUCUGUUUGGUGAAUGAGCCUGCUGCUCGUUUGGGCUCCGAUAACGACGCCAAGGAGUUCUUGGACCAGAUGGCACAGAAAUACGCUUCUCGUGCUGGCAUCUCGCUUUCUUCCGGUUCGGCUAGCGGCUCUGGCGCUGCUGCUGGAGGUGCUGUUAUUGAUAGUGCUGCCUUGGAUGCCAUGGCCGCUGAAAACAAGGCCUUGGCGAAGCAACAGCUUGAAACAUUGGCUCGUUACUUGCAAUUGGACUUGAACAAGGGCGCCAAGUCCUUCAUCAAGGAAAAAGAAGCCGCCGUUCUUUUGCAGAAGGAGCUCGAUCUUUGGGAGGCCGAGCACGGCGAAUACUACGCCAAGGGUAUCCAACUGAUCUUCUCCAACUUGAAAGCUAGAACUUACGACUCUUACUGGAACUGGGCCCGUCAAGACCUUUUGCUGAUGUGGUUUGACAUCAUUUUCGGGAAGUUGACCUCUGUCGACAGAGAAACCAUCAGCCAGUGUAUCCAGAUCAUGAACAGAGCUUCACCUACUUUGAUCAAGUUCAUGCAAUACCAUAUUGACCACACCCCAGAGUACAAGGGCGAGACUUACCAGCUUGCUAAGAAGUUGGGCCAGCAGUUAGUUGACAACUGUAAGCAGGUUUUGGAUGUGGACCCCGUCUACAAAGAUGUUUCCAGAAUUACUGGCCCCAAGACCACCGUGGAUGCAAAGGGUAAAAUCGUGUACAGCGAGGUGAACAAGGAGUCUGUUAGGAAGUUUGAGCAGUACGUCUACGAGAUGGCCCAGGGUGGUAAAUUGACCAAGAGAGAUGCCCAGCCUACCAUCCAGGAGGACUUGGCUAGAGUGUACAAGGCCAUGACCAAGCAAGCUUCCGUUUCCAAGUCCACCAAGCUUGAACUUGAGAAGUUAUACAAGCAGUUGACCGACUUCAUGGAAAAAUCUCAGGUAAUUGAGACUGAGCAGGUUACCAGAGAUGCUUUGGGACGCCGCUCUGGUUCUGACACUCCUACUGACGAGGAGGCUGCCUCUAGCGACGACGAAAUCGCCUCUUUGCCAGACAAGACCUCGAUUUUGCAACCAGUGUCGUCGACUAUCCCACCACAAACCAUUCCCUUCUUGCACUUGCAGAGAAAGACCAAGCUGGGCUGGGAGUACGAUCCCAAAUUGUCUGCUAUGUACUUGGACGGCUUGGAAAGUGGUGCUGUUAACGGUUUGACUUUCAAGGACAGAUACGUGUUGGUGACAGGUGCUGGUGCCGGUUCCAUUGGUGCAGAGAUUUUGCAGGGCUUGAUCUCUGGUGGUGCCAAGGUUGUGGUCACCACUUCAAGAUUCUCCAAGAAGGUUACUGAAUACUACCAGUCCAUGUACUCAAGAUACGGUGCUGCCGGAUCCACCUUGAUUGUGGUGCCAUUCAACCAGGGUUCCAAACAGGACGUUGAUGCUCUUGUUGACUACAUCUACGACAGUAAGAACGGGUUGGGCUGGGACUUGGAUGCCAUCAUUCCAUUUGCAGCCAUUCCUGAAAACGGUAACGGCUUGGACAACAUCGAUUCCAAGUCCGAGUUGGCCCACAGAAUCAUGUUGACCAACUUGUUGCGUCUCUUGGGUGCCGUCAAGGCCAAGAAGACCACUGACACCCGUCCAGCGCAAGUUGUGUUGCCGUUGUCUCCUAACCACGGAACCUUUGGAUUCGACGGUCUCUACUCCGAGUCGAAAAUCUCUCUCGAAACCUUGUUCAACAGAUGGUACUCUGAAGACUGGUCUACCAAGCUCACCAUUUGUGGCGCCAUUAUCGGCUGGACCAGAGGUACCGGUCUCAUGAGUGCCAACAACAUCAUUGCCGAAGGCAUCGAGAAAAUGGGUGUCAGAACUUUCUCGCAGAAGGAAAUGGCCUUCAACAUCUUGGGUCUUUUGACGCCUAAGAUCGUCAACUUGUGCCAGGAGCAGCCAGUGAUGGCUGACUUGAACGGUGGGUUGCAGUUCAUCGACAACUUGAAGGAGUUCACUUCCAAAUUGAGAACCGACUUGGUAGAAAACGCUGACGUUCGCAGAGCCGUCUCCAUUGAGCAGUCGAUCGAGCAGAAGGUUGUCCAUGGCGACAGUGUGGAUGCCAACUACUCCAAGGUUACCGUGCAGCCUCGUGCCAACAUGACAUUCAGCUUCCCCGACAUGAAGAGCUAUGACGAGAUCAAGCAGGUCGCUCCAGAGUUGGAAGGUAUGUUGGACUUGGAGCUGUUGAUUGUGGUGACCGGUUUCGCCGAAGUUGGUCCAUGGGGUAACUCCAGAACGCGUUGGGAGAUGGAAGCGUAUGGUGAAUUCUCCUUGGAAGGGUGCAUUGAGAUGGCCUGGAUCAUGGGCUUGAUCAAGUACCACAACGGCCCACUCAAGGGCAAGCCUUACGCUGGUUGGGUAGACGCCAAGACCCAGCAGCCUGUUGACGACAAGGACGUGAAGGCCAAGUACGAGGAGCAGAUAUUGGAGCACUCUGGUAUUCGUCUCAUUGAGCCCGAGUUGUUCGAUGGCUACGACCCUCAGAAGAAGCAGAUGAUCCAGGAAGUUGUUGUUCAGCACGACAUGGAGCCUUUCGAGGCCUCCAAAGAAACUGCCGAGCAGUACAAGCAUCAGCACGGCGACAAGUGUGAGAUCUUUGAGAUUGAGGGCACUGGCGAGUACACCGUUAGAAUUUUGGCCGGCGCUACCCUCUACGUGCCCAAGGCACUCAGAUUCGACCGUUUGGUUGCUGGUCAGAUUCCAACCGGUUGGGACGCCCGCCACUAUGGUAUUCCUGAGGAUACCAUCUCUCAGGUGGACCCUAUCACGUUGUACGUUCUCGUGUCGACCGUCGAAGCCCUCUUGUCUGCUGGUAUCACUGACCCAUACGAAUUUUACAAAUAUGUCCAUGUGUCUGAGGUGGGUAACUGUUCUGGGUCAGGUAUGGGUGGUGUAUCUGCCCUCAGAGGUAUGUUCAAGGACCGUUACAAAGACAUGCCAGUACAAAACGAUAUCUUGCAAGAAUCCUUCAUCAACACCAUGGCUGCCUGGGUUAAUAUGUUGUUGCUCUCAUCCUCCGGUCCUAUCAAGACUCCUGUUGGUGCAUGUGCCACUGCCGUUGAGUCUGUUGACACCGGUAUUGAGACCAUCCAGUCCGGCAAGGCCAAGGUGUGUAUCGUUGGUGGCUACGACGACUUCCAGGAGGAAGGCUCUUACGAGUUCGCCAACAUGAACGCCACUUCCAACGCCGUCGACGAAUUUGCCCACGGCAGAACCCCAUCUGAGAUGUCCAGACCGGCCACCACCACCAGAAACGGUUUCAUGGAGGCCCAAGGUUCCGGUAUCCAGGUAAUUAUGACCGCCGACUUGGCCAUCAAGAUGGGUGUUCCAAUCUACGCUGUUUUGGCCAUGACUGCCACGGCAACCGACAAAAUCGGCCGUUCCGUGCCUGCUCCAGGUAAGGGUAUUUUGACCACCGCCAGAGAGCAUCACGGCUCGUUGAAGUACCCACUGGCUAUGUUGAACAUCAAGUACAGAAACAGACAGUUGAAGCAAAGAUUGGCCCAGAUCGCCGCCUGGGAAGAGUCUGAGAUUGACUUCUUGGGUGACGAGGCCGAGUUGGCCAGAGAUGAGUAUGGCGCUGACUUCUCCAUCGACGAUUUCACCAAGGAGAGAGCUGAGGAGAUUCACAGAGAAGCCCGCAGACAGGUUGCUGACGCCAAGAAGCAAUGGGGCAACAACUUCUACAAGGCUGACCCUAGAAUUGCUCCAUUGAGAGGUGCUUUGGCCACUUUUGGCUUGACCAUCGACGACUUGGGUGUUGCUUCCUUCCACGGUACUUCUACCAAGGCCAACGAUAAGAAUGAGAGUGCUACAAUCAACGAGAUGAUGAAACACUUGGGCAGAUCUGAAGGUAAUCCAGUGUUUGGCGUUUUCCAGAAGUACUUGACUGGUCACCCCAAGGGUGCUGCCGGUGCCUGGAUGUUGAACGGUGCCAUUCAAAUUUUGAACUCUGGUAUUGUGCCAGGUAACAGAAACGCUGACAAUGUCGACAAGAUGUUGCAAGACUUUGAGUACGUCUUGUACCCACUGAGAUCGAUCCAGACCGACGGUAUCAAGGCGGUUUCUGUGACCUCUUUUGGUUUCGGACAGAAGGGUGCUCAGGCCAUUGUCGUCCAUCCAGACUACUUGUACGCUGUUUUGGACAAGACCACUUACAACGACUACGCUGCCAGAGUGACCGCCAGAAACAAGAGAGCCUACCGCUACAUGCACAAUGCCAUCACGAGAAACUCCAUGUUCAAGGCUAAGGACAAAGCACCAUACGGUGACGACUUGGAGCAGCCAGUGUACUUGGACCCAUUGGCCAGAGUUGAGGAGAGCAAGAACGGCCUUGUUUUCUCGAAGAACGGUAUCCAGUCUGAGAAGGCCUAUGUUUCCAACAACGCUGCUUCAACUGCAAAGGCAUUAGCCUCGUUGAACAAUGGCUCCAAGGGUGUCGGUGUGGAUGUUGAAUUGCUCUCUGAGUUGAACUUGGAAAAUGAGACGUUCAUCGAAAGAAACUUCACCGAGGAAGAGAUUGCCUACGCCCACCAGGCUGCCCAUCCUCGAGCAUCUUUCACCGGCACUUGGUCGGCCAAGGAGGCCGUGUUCAAGGCUUUGGGUGUUUCGUCUAAAGGAGCAGGUGCUGCUUUGAGAGACAUUGAGAUUGUCAGAGACGCCAAGGGUGCUCCUACUGUUGUGUUGGCUGGUGAGGCCAAGAAGGCUGCUGCUGCUGCUGGCGUCAAGAACGUCAAGGUAUCUAUCUCUCACGACGACUUCCAGGCCACCGCUGUUGCGCUCAGCGAGUUUUAA